UUCAUGAAGGAACGUCUAGACCCUUUGCUCGAAAGCAGAAACUGCGAAAUGAAUCCAACGACCGUCGAGGAAGCACCCGCGCUGAUCCCCACCGGCAUCCCAUUAUCAUACCUGUUACCUCCCAACAACAUCGUCAACAUUGAGCCCCAUGGCUGUCCAACGGUUCUCUGUGGACCUAUGCCCGCAAGCACUGUCCUACAUCUCGCUAUCAGCCAUAAUGUGACUUCGAAAGAUUACGCGCGGCUUGCUAGCCUGAGGGGAAGCGUUAUGCAGCAGGACACUAUGCCCGUAGAAACGCCCACAGAUAAGCGAAGAUACACAUGGGUUAUAACUUCCUCUCGAGCGAUGCUGCAUUCGAAACUAGCUGGGGAAGAUGAGCCGUUCUUGCGUGAACACGGGGGACAUCCCGUCGUCAAAGAAGCGUUGAACCGCACGGAAUUCAGAUACUGCCAGACGGCCGAGCAAUGUCUCUUACUUCUCUCCUUACUUCACGGUCCGCCAAGCUCUACCGGCGGGACCGACCCAGCUAUGGAAGACGAACCUAGAGAGCCGGACAGUAUGGCCGAACACCCAACAUUGUUCAUCGCCUACGAUCUCUUACGGCUCUUCCUGGCUGAUCCGUCCGCAGUAGAGGCGGAAGAGAAGGAAGGUGAUGUCGACAUGGAAGGCGGAGUCUCCAAGGUCGAGUUACGGCAAGGCGUUACGAUAGAAGACUAUAUGCAAUCGAUGGCGUGCCUCCGCUCGACGGUCUCACAGAUUAGCCCGAACAGCCCGCCGGAACUUCUCAUCCUAGAGCCUUCUCUACCUCCUGAAGAUCUCAAAUUCCCUCUCGCAACCUCGACAUCCCGAGGAGGCAGGGCAGGAGGUCAAGGACAGAAAAAUGAUAGACCGGGAGUCAAGGACGCAUUGAGGUGGCUUUUCGGGGUGGACCAGGUAUGGGACGUCGAGUAUUCCGCUGAGCCUGAGGCCUCGAAGCCGGUGAUCGAGAAGGUUGGCAAGGGCAAGUUGACUAUCCGGACUCCUGCAUCGGUUUGAGGAACAGCUACCAAGAGGACGUGGUUUUGUAUAUACGAAGUUUUGGUUGUUCGUCGCUGUUUGUAUGAGCGAAGCGCUAAGUUAGCUCUUAGUCGCGACUUGUACCACUAUCGGAGUCAUCUGCCAGUGACAUAUACACGUGUAUGCAGUUGGUCUAGAUCUCGAUGGCAUGGUGGCAGGAUAUCGAGAUUUGCGAGAG